UCCGGAGUGUGUGUGAAGUGUUUACUGAAGAGCUGCAGGGUGUCGGCGGCUCUUCGUUCGUUUGUUUUUGUUUGUUUGUUCGUUUUUGUUUGUUUGCUGACGUCACAGCGGCGCUGCAGAGGAGCGGAGACACACUGGGACCGAGAGUCAGGUUUAAGGUCCCCCCCCCCCCCCCCCCCCCCCCAACGAUGAGUGCUCAGCCCCGGAGGAUCCGCCUGAAGCCCUGGCUGUUGGCUCAGGUGAACAGCGGCAGGUACGCGGGCCUGCAGUGGCUCAGCGCCGAACACCGGCUCUUCCGGGUCCCCUGGAAACAUGCCACGCGCCACACGCCAGCAUCAGACGAGGAGAACACCAUCUUCAAGGCGUGGGCUCUGGAGACAGGUAAAUAUCAGGAAGGUGUGGAUGAACCUGACCCCGCUAAGUGGAAAGCAAACCUCCGCUGCGCUCUGAACAAAAGCCGAGAGUUUCAGCUGAAAUAUGACGGAACCAAAGAAACACCGGUGCAACCGUACAAAAUCUAUGAGGUGUGUGAGCAGAGCGAGGGCACAGACGCCGUUGAUGAUGAUGAAGAAGAGAUGCCCAACCUGAUGGAACUCAGCAUCAACCCCAGGAUCAGUGACCCCCCCCCCUUCAGCUCCAGGACGUUUGGACACGUGGUCCCCAUGUGUUCGGAGCUCCAGGAUCAAGGUGGGAUGGUGGAUCAGGGGAGACUUUCUAACAGACUCCAGGAGCUGAACUCUUUGCCCCUCCCGGCUGCCUCUGCUCUCCCUGGGCCAGCCCCAAUGAUGGAGACCAGCAGCAUGGGGGACGUCCAACACCAUCAACCCUGCAAGUACGACCUGCUGAGCAGCGUCCCACUAACAGAUCUGGACCUGAAGUUCCAGUACCGCGGCCGGACGGUAGGCUCUCUGUUGGUCAGUAACCCUCAGGGCUGCCGGUUGUACUCCGGUCACUUGGAGCCGAGCCCGGAGCAGGUGGAUCUGUUCGGCCCUGUCACCCUGCAGCAAGUUCUGUUCCCGGGGACGUCCGAGGUCCAGAACCAGAAGCAGAGGUUCUACACGGAUGCCCUGCUGGACGUCAUGGACCGCGGCCUCAUCCUGGAGAUCUGGGAGCAGGACAUCUACGCCGUGCGUCUCUGUCAGUGCAAGGUGUUCUGGUCCGGACCCGGAACGCCCGAACACGGUCCACCGAACCCCCUGGAGAGGGAGAAGAAAAUCAAAGUGUUCAGCCUCAACGACUUCCUGCAAGGGUUGAUCCUGUUCCAGAGAGGCGAAGCUCCGAAUCCCCCGCCCUUCGAGAUCUACUUCUGCUUCGGGGAGGACUGGCCCGACAAGAAACCCAAAGAGAAGAAACUCAUCAUCGUCCAGGUGGUUCCGGUGGUGGCUCGGAUCCUCACAGAGAUGUUCUCUGGAGAACUCAGCUGGUCCACCGACAGCAUCCGGCUGCAGAUCUCAAACCCAGACGUGAAGGACCGGACGGUGGAGCAGUUCAAGGAGCUGCAGAGGCUCCUGCAGAGCCAACAUAUCCAGGGGCCCUGGACCCCCAACGUCCCGUGA